CGUCUCCGCUCUCGGUUUUGAAGCGUGACACACCGCUGGGUGUCGUGGGCAGGAAACCAGCUCCCGGCGCUUGACAGCAUGUCGCUUGGCAGAGACACCCCCGCCUUGUAAGGAGAGGCUGAGCAAGAGCUGUGGGUGCCGGGGGCCCUCCUUUCCUCCCGAAGGAGAGAGGAGGCCAGGCCGAAGGACAAACCUCUUACACCCGUCGGGACCUGUCACAAGGAUGCGUUUGACUCGCUCAGUCCUUCCAAGCCGCUGAUCUACCAAACACCCAAGAGAAUUUCGUUGAUGGCUGCAACUUUGGAGGAAGGGGCAGUCGGGGGUUUGUUCCCCUCCAUCGCCGCAGCCUCUUUGCUUGCUGUAACCACUGGCUUCUUGGCCCUGUGCAUCCUUUGCAAAAGGAAAGACCGGAACUGGGUGCCCCUUUGUGUCGACUUGCCGGAUGAAACCCUGAGACAGACGGAGCCCUCGAUGCUUGGGGGAUCGGCCACCAGCCUCCAGGAGCUCCAGGCGACGGACUGCGGGGGCCAAGACCCCCGGGCGGCCAGGGUGCUGUUCCCCGCCUCGCUGAGCCAGGACGAUGGGACCGCCUCCAGCUCCAGCUUCAUCAUCCUUCCGCCGAGGGAGCUGCCGCGGGUUCCCUCGGACGAGCUGCUCUCCCCUGAGCAGACCUACUCCAACCUGAGCUUCCCCAGACAGGCCCAGGAGGGGCUGUACGAAACGGUGACAGCGGGAGAAGUCGAGGCGCCUGCGCCCUCCACCACGCGGGUGCUCACGGGGGGCACAGAGGGGCAGGCUGCAGGGGCCGAGUAUGCCCGUGUUUUGAAAGUGAAGAAGCCAGUGGAGCAGGCUGAGCCGGACGCGGGUUCCACUCCCACGGCGCAAGUGCCGAUAGAAGAAAUGUACUCCGUGGUGUGCAAAGACAAGAAAAAGAAGAAGGAGAAGAAGAAGAAGAAAGCAAAGCACUGUGAGGGGCUUGCUGAAACGGGGACCGCCCCAGGGGAGAAUAACCCAGGAGAUGGCCAGGUGGAGCCUGGUGACCAGGAAUCACAGGGCAGGGCAAGGCACCAGCUCUCAUCGUUUCCGUCCCCCAUCACUGAGCCCUGUUAUGACUCAGUCAGCCCAGAAUCCUGGAUGGAUCCUGACAGGAGGCAAAGCACAGAACCAGCGUACGAGGCCGUGGAAACUCACUGGAAAAUUCCGAGGAGAAAAGAAAAGCCGAGCAGGAGCAUUCAGGCAGAGCAUCUGUAUGAAAGCAUUGAGAACAUGGCGUUCCCAUUCCGGAAUCACAAGGAGACGUCCCAUUUUGAGAUCUGACUCUGUGGUUCUUUUCACCUCUUCCAAAGGAGGUUUCCUGCCUGAGGAAAUGAAUGAAGGAGGGGACAAGAGCACAGAAUCUACCAAAUCCGAUUGCAUGUCCGCUGUCAGAAACAAAUACCGCGUGCUGCUGCAUGUUGACUAUCAGAUGCGAUCAAAUGCGAUUGCCGCACGGGGUGAGAUGGACAUUGGCUGCCACUGAGAAAGCAUCAGAUGUUACAAGCUGCUCACUAUUCGACAGAACAUUGCUCUGCGCACAUCCACCACACGUGUGUGCAAUCCACACUCACCAGCAAAAAGAACUUCACACUUCAGACAUAUUCCUCGCCACAUCUUUUGGUGUGCUGUGGUGUCAAGUUGUCUCUGCUUGUGGUGAUCCUAUGAGCUGAGCGCGCUCCAAAAUUUCCCGUCCUCGACAGUCCAGCUCAACUGUACUAAGCUCAGAACUGUUAUGGAGUCCAUCCAUCUCCUGUUUGGUCCCCCUCUUCUUCUUCUGCCUUCGACUUUCCCCAGCAUGAUGGACUUCUCCAGUGACCCUUGCCUUCUUGUGAUGUGCCCAAAGAACAACAGCCUCAGCUUCAUCAUUUUUGCUUCCAGGGAAUGUUCUGGCUCGACUUGAUCGAAGAACCACAUGUUCGUCUUUCGCUCGGUUCAGGGUAUUCACAAAGCUCUCCUCCAGCGCCGUGUUUCAGGUGCAUCCAUUGUCUCCCUGCCAGCUUCCUUCCCUGUGUAGCUUUCACACCCAUGCACUGUGCUCAGGAAUGCCGUCAUGGGGAUGAACUUGGCCUCGGUCUCCCCUUUUCUAGCUCCUUUAUUGCCCCCCUUCCAAGUCUCAGUCUUUGAACAUCUUGACCGCAGUCGCCCCUUGAGUUGAAGACUGAGCUGAGGCAUGUAAAAUGUUUUAGUUUCAAUUUCUUCCUUGUUGGCCUUAAAGUUGGGUAAUACUUUCAUAAGCAUGAUUUUUGUUUUCGCAAUAUUCAGCCACAGUUUUGCUACUGCAUGCUCUUCUUUCACUUUCAUCAGGGAUUGUUUCAAUUCACUGGGGCUUUCGGCCAGUAAGAGGUCAUCCUAUGUUAGUGAUGUCUCUUCUGCCAAUUUUCACUCCUCCGUCCUCUGAUCCUAAUCCAGGUUUCCUUAUAUGUUCUGCAGGAUCAAAUAGGCAGAUAAAAGGCACCCCUGUCUAACACCUUUGCUGAUGGGAAACCUUUCUGUUUCUCCAUGUCCUGUCCUCACAGCGCCUUCUUGUCCGUGAUGCAGGUGACGCAUCAGGACAGUCAAGCGCUGAGCCACCCCCACUUCCUUCAGGGCCAUCCAAAGCUUCCUGUGAGCCACGCAGUCGAAGGCUUUGCUGUGGUCCAUAAACCAGAUCGAUCAUCUUGUGAAAUUCCUGAGUGGGCUCCAGUAGCCGAUGCCCGUUUGCACCUUCCUGUUCGGGAUCCAGCUCGGACAUCCAGCAUUUCUCGCUCCACACAGGGGGAUAUUCUUUGUUGCAACCCUUCGAGCAUCACUUUGCUCGUGUGGGAGGCCAGUGCGAUGGUCCUGUGGGGGCUCCACUCUUCUGCGUCUCAGCUCCUGGGGCCUGGGAUGUAUAUUCAGUGUUUCCAGUCCGUGGGCCAUCGCUGUGCUUUCCAUCUUGGGUGGCAGGCUGUUGUUAGGAUUCGAACGGAUUCGGUUUCUGCAGCCUGGGAUUCUUCUGUGGGCAUCCUACCCACUCCAGGGGCUUCAUUCUUUGCGAGUGCCUUCGGAGCAGCUUUCGCUUGGCUUUCUAAUACUGCAGCUCUUCUUCAAGGGAUUCCAUUUCAAAGGAGUUGCUCACCCUUUCAUCUCUUCUGCACUCUCUAUUUGCUCCUGGUCUGAUAGUACAGUGGUACCUCGGCUCACAAACACCUCAGUCCAAGACCAAAUCG